AUGUUAAGAGAUGUCAAUGAGUAUUCUCUGUGGCUCAGUGAAUCUUUAGAGCAAGCAACCCUCUUUGCCACUAUCGCACAACCGACUCUUGUUGCAAAAGUAACUGAAGCUCAAUUGGGUGAUCUACAAGUGGAAACCAUUAAAGGGAGAAUCCAACUUGGAAAGGAAGAGAGAGGUCUAAAUGUUCAUACAAACUCUAGUGUUCGUUACCUUGAUCGAUUGUUCGUGCCUAAAUCUAUGAGGAACAAAGUUUUGAAAGACUUUCAUCAUUCUCGCCUCGCUGUGCACCCGGGGGGCACAAAAAUGUAUCGUGAUCUAAGCCGUCAAUUCUGGUGGAGGGGCAUGAAGAAGGACGUAGCCUCUUUUGUAUCCUAG